UUUCAUAAACACGCGCUUAAUAUUUCUACAAGUUAGUUUUCAUCUGCUGUUGCGUCGCUGUCAUAGGAAGUGCAAGGCUGUGUAGAUGCCGCAUCUGGGUAACUGUUGCUAAGUUACAAGUCAUAAACAUUCCGUGAGAUAGAUGGCAUGACAGACUGCUUACCUGAUCGGCGGAUAUGGACAACUUCUUCUGUGCAGAAGGAAGUUAAUAUAGUGUCUUGUUCCGACUUUAUUUUGUCUUACAAGAAAUAUGACUCAGACUGAGCAAAACACGACACAUGUUUCCUCAUGCCAAAACUGGUUUCCAAAUAUACAUGCGGCAGGUAAACACCUACCCACGGAUGACGAGGUAAAAACUUGUCUGCAGAUGACACCCAGGCAGCCCGCCACUCCACCAGUGAUCAAGAAGUUCCUGAACACCAGGCGUCCAGAGGUUGGGGCAACCCGAGUGUUUUAUGGGAAGGCUGGUGACCCCGACAUCGCCAGCGCACUGCGCCAUGGCGUGAUGACCAAGGCCUCUGUAAACGGAGGGUUAGUAAUUAACCCGAAACCAAACACCGUCUAUCAGCACAGACUCCAACAGCUACAGGAAGCUGGCUAUUUCAGCAACAGCAGUGCCCCCCUUGGGAGAUCACAUGAUCAGCGCUCCAGACUGCCACCGGGACUGGACCCUAGUACAACUGCAUUUGGCGUGAAGUCCACUCAGUCUGUGAAAGCCGGUGUCAUUAUUAACCCCUUGAAGACUCCAGAGCAGGUAAAAAAAGAGAGUGAGGAAGGUCACCAGUUGUACGUCAGGUCUCACCAUGCAUACAGUGUGGGUGAACGUAUCAGCAGGAAUUAUAACUGCAGCCACGUUAGGGGGGACUGCCGGUUUGGACUCUCCACCCCCCACUACAAUGAUGGACGGAGAGUCGCCAAGAGUCUCCACUGGCUGCAGAAUGAGGGGAAGUUAGUUUCAAUGCGAUACGAUGACUUCAGGAGGAGGACUCAGCCACAGACCGGGAAGGUGCAUGACCCAAUUGCAGAAACACUGAAUGUUCCAGAAAAUCACACAUUUGGGAUUCUGUCCUCUUGUGAUAAAUUCGGUGUUGGUGACAUCCUAUACCAAGGGCUCCCUGAGGGGGGUCUGCGAGGGACGAACGAACGUCGAUCCCUUGUCAUUGCUGCCCGUCAACAUCUGAAGAGGGACAGAUUCCACAACUUUACCCCUUUGCUGCAGGCAUUUAGGCACUUUGACAAGAAUGGCGAGGGGUUCAUCAAUAAAGAAGAGCUGCAGGAUGCCUGUCACAUGUUUAACCUUGACCUCAGCACCCCCGUCCUUGAUGCUGUGAUGGAGAUCUGUGGCAGAAAUGAAGAUGGACAGAUAGACUUCCUGGGAUUUUUUGAUCUUCUCAACUGGAGGGAUAACUUGACGAUCAAAGAAUGGGAAGAGCAGAUUCUCACUGGAGAUUCUCACAUCAACCGACUCCAGAGAGCCAAGACAGCAGCGGCAUCGGAGACCCGGACCAGGCAUGGGCACUUGGAGCAAACCCACGUGGACGGUACCCUGAGGACACCUAGAGCCCGGCCCAGAACCGUGCCCAGCCGCAGCAUCGCCUCCUCCUCAAUGAUGCACGCUGUUGUGGGCGGUCCCACCUGUGAUAACGCCCGUACAUAUGGAGUCCCUACUGUCCACACCGACUUGGCUGCCCAGCCGGUGAAACGUCUCGGUGACAGGACAAACUACGGAGAUGCGUCAGCGGCACACGGCCUGCUUCACCCCACAAUCUACUCCCAGAAAGGCGUCCCUGAGGAGGUCCUGUUUACCCCCCGGACCAAAGAAGAGAUCUCACAGAUAUUCAGGAAUUUGGGUGUUGACAUCAGUGAAGCAGUGUUUGAAGAGGCAUGGAAGCUGGCCUCAGUGACACACCCCAGGGGCAAAGUUUGUGUGGAGGUCUUCAGAAAUGUGCUAAAGGAAAUGCAGGCGUAUUAAAUAUAUGUACAGUAGAUUGUAUAUUAAAUGUUGUAUGGAUUUAAAAAAUUAUAAAAGUCUGACAUUUAGGAUAUUAAUUCCAGCUCAUUUUCAUUGGUUUAUUUAUUAUUGUAGUGCCCACAAACACAGGGAUGACAUAGAACUCCACAAACACAGGGAUGACACAGAACUCCACAAACACAGGGA